AUGGGCAACCCAAUUCCCACCGAAGAUAAAGCCCGCCGGGAUCGCCUCGAGGCCAAAGGCCUAGAGUUUCGAGACCGCGGCGAGCCGUAUGAAAUCAAGUUCAUGUUCGACAUUCCCACCCGAAUCGCCCACACCGGCUUCAGCGAGACUUGCAUGUUGAUGCUUAGCAGAAUCACCCGCGCUCAUCGCCGUGGCCGCAUAUUGAAUCCGUCAACGGCGCCGGAUGAUCGAACGGUGCGUGUAGUCCUGCUGUAUCAUCUGUGGGACCUUGAUUCGUUGAUCGGCAAGGACGAACACACAGCUGAUAUGGUCUUCCAGAGAAUCAUACGUAUUCUCACGGUGAGAGAGUUCUCUGAAAGGAUCUGGGUGGCUGGUGCUCAUAGAUGUUUGGAGCCUGUGGCGCUCCAGGCUGUGACUGUUCAUCUAGUUCAAUCAGUAUGA